AAAUUUUUUGCAAUUAUAUUAAUAACAAAUGGCUGGCAAACGGCAAGCUACAUCCAAUCUGAACCAUGAAAACUGGGAUCAAGAAGACGAGCCAGAGGAGCGCGGCACAUUCCGAACAGCGCCCCCCGAAGAACUAAAAUCACGCGUUAUUAAGAAGGCGACAAGGCGCAAGCCUCUAACCGGCUCAUCAGAAGGCGAAGAUGCCGGCGAAACUCCAAGUAAAACUGUAUUCAGCGGCUUUUCAGGUUUCGGCAAGCCAGCAACAGCUGCUGCAGCCAGCGGCACACCAUUUGCAUUCCUGUCUAAUCUGUCGGCUUCAGCUUCUGCUCCAGCUGUAUCUAAAUCUCCAACUACAACAGUCGCCGAGAAUCCUCCAAAGCCAAGUGGUAUCUUCGCCAAGAAUGAUGUAACAUCAGCUCCACCAGCUAAACAAUCAAAAGGAGAGUCAAAUUUAACAACAAACAUCAGCAACACAGCAUCAACUGUACAAGUAAGCGCAACUCCGUCGAUUUUCGGAAAUACCUUAACUAACGAUGCACUAAAGGCUCCCGCCUCCAUGCUCAAGCCAACUGUGCCUGCCGACAAGUCAGAGGCGUCGGGCAAUACAAUCAACGCCUCUAAAGAAUAUCGUGAUAGUGUCGCCGAAUUGAAUAUGGCUGUAAUGAAAUUUCUGCAGGAGCAUAUGGAUAAAAAUCCGUAUUGUAUAUUGAGCCCAGUGUUCGAGAGUUACGAUAAGUAUGCGAAGGAGUUGCGAGAGAAGGAUGGAAUUAAAUUAAAUGCAGCAAAGACUCCAUUGAAGGCAACAGAUGCAACAGCCACACCAACAACAACAAAGGCAACAGCAACAUCAGCUGCAGCUGAAACUGCAACUACAGUUGCUUCUGCUGGCAGUGGCUUCUUUGGUAAGCCGAGCACAACUUCCACCGAAUCAACGUCAUCAUCAUCUUUGGUAUUUGGUAAACAACCAAGUUGUACCGUAACAAGUGGUGGCACCACAACCGCUGCUACCACACCACUGUUUUCGUUUGGCACCGUGCCACGGUGGGCAGGCACCACACCAACCAAGUCGGAAGCCACAUCCAGCACAGCUUCGCCAGCAAACAUUUUCAGUUUCGGUACCAAGCCAGCAGCCACAGCAGCUGCAGCCGCUGAUAAAGAAGAGCAGCCCAAGAAGGGUUUCUUCUUUGGUGGCGCAGAUCCACCCGUUGUGGCUUCUGCUACAGGUAUCACUCCGCCAAAAUCAAAUGGAUUCACAUUUGGCGUAAAGAAUGACAAGCCGAUCACAUCUGUUUUCUCGGGCUUUCCCAAAUCGAGCAGCGAUACAGCAAUAACAGCACCUAGUGGUUUCUUUUCCAGCAGUUCAAGUUCCGUUAGCUUUGCCAAUGCGAAACCCAAUCCAGAUAAUGCGAAUGCCGACAACAACGAAGAUGAGGAGGAUAAGCCACCAGUUGUGGAGUUCAACAAGGUAGUUGAAGAUGACGCCGUUUACUCGAAACGCUGCAAAGUGUUUGUGAAAAAAGAGAACGAUUUUGUUGAGCGUGGCGUUGGCACCUUAUACUUGAAGCCAGUCAAGGACUCGGAAAAGAUGCAAAUGUUGGUCCGUGCUGACACCAAUCUGGGCAACAUUCUGGUCAAUCUGCUAUUGACUAGUGGCCUACCCUGCAAGCGAAUGGGCAAAAACAAUGUCAUGAUGGUGUGCCUGCCAACGCCCGAGGAGUCAAAGCCGAUGUCCAUGCUGCUGCGUGUAAAAACCGGAGAGGACGCUGAUCAGCUAUACGAGGAAAUUACAAAGCAUACAGUCUGAACCAAUAAUGCAUUCGCUAGAUGAGUGAAUUUUUAACUCACAUUUAUGUUAUUUGAUGAACGUUUAUAUUAACAAA